CUUUUUAAUAUUUAUUUCAUCUGCAAUUUGUAUGCUAGAACUUUUUUUGUCAUUAUUUUUAAAAUGAAGCAUUCAUUAAGUUCUAGUGACUAGUUUUGUGUUUACGUGAAGUUAUUUCCAGGUGUGCAGAGUACAAUUACUGGGAUACAGGGCUGGUAGGAUAGGGUUUGUGUGAGCAGGUUAUGUAAUAAGCAUGGAAAGUAAUAAUGUCAUUACAGCAGUACUUUUUUAUCCAGAUCCCAGUGUUGAAAUGUGUUUACUGUUUUUUAGAUUUGCAAUAUUCUCACUUAAAGAUACAUUUCUUAAAUUUCAUGUAGAGAACUAGAGAAUCUUUCCAGCUGUUUAUUCAGAUGUUUAUUUUGCUAAAUUAGAUUAACUCUAUUUAAAAUAUUAUGAUUUUGAUUAUUGCACACCUGCAGUGGACCUGAGUCCUGUCCAGGGUUGCUCCCAUUACUUACAGAGGCUCUGAAACCCUGAAUUGGAUGAAGUGGUUAGAAAAUGGAUGGAAAAACACAAAGCUGAAAUAUCAUAAUAGGAUAAGCCUCCAUCCCUCCAAGUUACAGUUAUUGGAAGAAUAUUGGAAUUUACUGGACUUUUUUAUGCUGCUCUCCUCCACACUGAUAGCCUAUGUGUGGUGAACAUACUGGCACACUUUGGCAGCCAUCGCAUUAUUCAGGUGGGGACACAUUGAUGGUGGUGGAGAGGAGUCCCCAUUACCUGUACAUUUACAGUCCAUUACCUAUCAAGCACUUUGAGUGGAGUGUCCACAAAAGAGCUACAGUAUAUAAGUGUAAGAAUCAUUGUCAUCAUCUAGGCAGGGUCUCGGUGAUUCCAUCCACCUUCCACUUCUUCCACUUCUAUAAUCACCUUGACUGUGUUCCAAGGGAUUUUAAGGACCAUUUUAUACCCAACCCCCUGAUUUGUGCCUUUUCCACAAUUUUGUCCUGUUGUUCUUUUGAAAGCUCCUUUGUGCUCAUGGUUCAGUCUUGUCUUUGAAAUGCACUACUCAGCAGAGCGAACCUGCUGAAUUUAUCCUGAAGUCAUAUGAAUCUCUACAGUUUAACACAGUCAGAGGCCAGUUAACUUUGUGUGCGAUUUUGAAGGCAUUUGGUCACACAUGAUCCAAUUAAGCAUUAAAAGGAGGUGGGCAUUUUUUCCAAACAAGCUAUUUCUGUUAUUUUUAUUUUUCUAAAAUAUUUUUUCACAAGGAAGUUGUGGGUGGGUUGUGGAGAUAAAUGAAAAAAUAAUUAAUUUUAUUCUGUUUUACGGAAUAAAAUGUUUUAAGGGAACAAAAGGUGAACAUUUUAAGGUGUAGACUUUCUAAAGGCACAGUUUAAGAAAAAAAUAAUGCUCUAAAUGUGUAACUUUAUUAUUCCACUUUUGUUUUACGUUUUUCUGUAAAUGUGCAUAAUUUUAGAGGAAGCAUAUGAACUCUUUCACAUAUAAGAAGGGUCUUAGAAGGUCUACAAACAAGAUGAGGCAAUUCAGACUGUUUAGCCCAUUUGGUAGUGGGCAGUUAACUGAUCCAAGAACCUAAUCUCUUGAAGGGUGAUCAGUAGUUUAAAAAACAAAAAACAGGAGUUGUGAUUUUUAAAGACAGGCUGACUGCAGAGAGAUUUUGAGGAACAACGUCUUCCCAUUUGUGUGUGAGCUCCUGUUAGACCCUGCAUUCCUGUCAUUUCUUCUGCAACCACACUUCUCCAAACCCACUGCUUUGGGAUCUCGCCCACAUGCUUGGGCUGGGAGGCUUUCUCGGCGUAUUUGUUUAACAUUGUCUAAAUCAGUUGAAACAUUCAAUAAUUCUAAAUUUAGUGACAGAUACAGUACCUCACAUAUGCACAGUACGUUGUUGACUGCUCAGUAAGAGUCACAGCUCAAACUGUGAUAAUUGUUUUUAUUCAGAAAUUUUGUUCUGUGUUGAGUUUCAGCAGCUCAAGGAAUACUUUUUAAAAUCUUUUUUUUUUUCCUUUAUAUCUCUUUUCGGUAUUACAAUUUUGAGACCCUUCAUCACACAACAUUGUUAACAACAUCAGCUUCCGUAAGUUACUUCACUGCAAAAAUGUCAGCUGAACGGUUUGACUGUCAUUACUGCAAGGAUUCACUGCUGGGAAAAAAAUAUAUUUUGAAAGAUGAAACCCAGUACUGUACCAAGUGCUAUGAGAAUUUAUUUUCCAACUGCUGUGAAGACUGUAUGAUGCCAAUUGGAUGUAACUAUAAGGAUCUUUCGUACAAGGAUCGUCACUGGCAUGAGCAGUGCUUCAAGUGUGCCAAGUGUAGCCGGUCUCUGGUGGAGAAGCCCUUUGCUGUGAAAGAUGACCUUCUUCUCUGCACAGAGUGCUAUUCCAAUGAGUACUCCUCCAAGUGCUUCACCUGCAAGAAAACCAUCAUGCCUGGUUCUCGCAAAAUGGAGUACAAGGGGAACCACUGGCAUGAGACCUGCUUCCUGUGCCAUCGUUGCCAACAACCCAUAGGGACCAAGUCCUUUAUCCCUAAAGAUAACGGCUACUUUUGUGUCCCCUGUUUUGAGAAACAGUUUGCUUACCAUUGCAGCUCUUGUAAAAAGGCUAUAACAACAGGCGGAGUGACUUACAACGACAAGCCCUGGCAUCGGGAGUGCUUCUUGUGCAUUGGGUGUAAGAAGCAGCUGGCAGGGCAGCGCUUCACCUCCAGAGAUCAAUUCCCCUACUGUCUGGACUGCUUCAGCAAUCUGUACGCUAAGAAAUGUGCUGGAUGCACAAAGCCCAUUACAAGCCUUGCAGGAGUGAAGUACAUUUCCUUUGAGGAGCGCCAGUGGCACAGUGAGUGCUUCAGCUGCAUGAAGUGCUCUGUGUCUCUGGUGGGACGGGGAUUCCUCACUCACCGCGACGAUGUCCUCUGCACCGACUGCGGCAGAGAAAAGUAGACAAGCAAACUUCACGAGAUGUUUCUCAGCUGUCUUCUUCUUCGAAACGCGCAGUUUGACUUGCUCACUAACAGUUUUACAGAGUCUCUGCAAGAGUUGCAGACAGCAGACUCUCUGAUUCUCUUAUAGGUGUGCAACAUUUUUUCAGUGAAUAGGAAAACACAACUACAGUAUAAAUUGUAGGCAGCUACAAAGCAAGCUUGAUUAAUAUAUUGGAAGCUGAAGUGCUCAUCUUUUCAAAAUCAAACUUGCAUGCCUUUGUCUGAUUCAAGCUCUGAUGCAUCUGCUCCAUGUGUGUUUUAAUGCAAACAGACACUGAGUGAGAAAAAUGAGCUAUUUUAAUGAUUAUCAAUAAGAACUAAUUAUUACUGCCUGAGGUGGCCUAAGAGCAUUGCUUCAAUUAUAUUGCAAAGAAAAUAUGAAAAGCAUGGAUGAUAUUUUAGUUUUAUCACCAGUAUUGUUAAUUGAUAGGGUUAUUUGAUAGUCGUAAGAGUUCUGUUUAGCUUAUAGUUAAAUUAAAAGGACAAUCUAGAAUUUGUGAUAUGUUCUAUUUAAUUAACAUAUGUGCUGAAGACGUUUUUGUGUAUUGCUACUUAUUUUGAAGGAUUUCUUUAGCUACAUCAUACAGUAUACAUUUGUGAGAGUAUAUACUGUAGCACACACUUGUAUAUAUUUCAGUAAGAGCAAUGUAAAGCCACAGAUAAACAUUUAAUCAGGACUUUGAUUACAUUUUAAGUAAUAUUUAUCAUUAAUGUUUUUAUGUUUACUAUUUAGCUGUUUUUAUGAGCAAUAAUAGCAUAAAUUAGGGAUUCUGUCAAGUUUCUGGUUUCAUGUUCUUAUAGUAAAAUUUCACUACGUAAGUAAAAAUAACUGAAAGCUUGAUUACCUUGAUUGUAAUUUCAAUUCAGUUGGUCUUUACACAAAAUAGAGGUAGAUAUUGUUAGGAUUGGAAGUUAUGAAAUAAAAAUAUACAACUAAAAUUAAUUAUUUGAAUUUUAAAAACCCUAAUGUUAAUGCAUGAACUCUAUAAUAGCAGUACUUAAAUCUCCUAUUAUUUCAUUGUUAUUAUUUAGCACUAAAAUACCUGCUUACUUGCUGCAACAACAAUACUAGUUUACACAUUAAUAUUGAUUUUUAUAACUUUAAAAAGUGUCUUAAUUCGCUAAAACAGGCAGCAGCAUGUAGUGGUUGCUAGGGCUCAAGAUGAGAGGGUUGUGGCUUCAGCUGUCAGGUAGGAUAUUGUUGUUGAAUCCUCUGGCAAAGAACUUCAGAAUUUUCUUCCCAGUUGGCUUAGAUAGAUAGAUAAGACUUAAGGGAAAUUGAUGUGUUACAGCAGUCCAGUCCAAGACAACCAAAAAAAAAAA